AUGCGCUGCUUUUCGUCAGAUUUCCUGUCAAGCCUUGGCACAUUUCAGCUGAUCGUGCGACUCAACACUGAGGACGCGAUCCGUGCGACCAUCGAGCUGAUAUGCGGAAAGCCUCGCACUUGGCAUCUGUCACACCUGUUGACAUCGGACAGGUACGCGACGGCACCCCGGCAAAGAAAAGGAAGAAGGCCAGUGGCCAAGCACAUUGAGAAACAGAACUCAUUGGCGCAGAUGCGAUGGUGCAAGCAGGUCUCCAAGCCGAAGGAGAUGUGGCAGCCACGCAAAAGUGGCGAGCCUUUGGAGCUCAGACGAUCGCAAGCAGCGGCCUUGAGUUUCGAUGACGAGAAGACAACAAAUGAGUCUGUUAGUGCAUGUCUGCAUGUCUUUGGCGAUGCCGAUCCGGGUGUGACCGAGCGACCAGCUGUGACUGUCAAUAAGCCGGGGCACGAUGCUCAAGGUCCCACACUUCGCGGGCAUGAACGGCCGGUGACUUUCAUCACAUUCAACCACGAGAACAAUCUGCUUUUCUCCUGCGGCAAGGACAAGCUCGUUUGCGUCUGGAGCUUUCCGGAUGGAGAGCUUCUUGGCAGCUACCGGGGCCACAACGGACGUUGGCCACCAUUGGCGAUCGCAGCAGAUGUCUCCAGCUGUCAGGGCCACGACAUGACUAGCAUGUACCUUCUAAUGUCCCUGCGGGCAAUGGUUCUGGCCUCCACCAUGGCCAGUGCAAAGGUGCAGGACCCAAAGAUGUGGCGUGAUGUUUCGACUGCGCUGCGCCGCUGCGACGAGCUGCCAAUGCAGUGGCUCACGAAGCUACCUUGGAAAUUCGCCAGGGCGAGGUGCUUGCAGCCAGAGAUCUUGGAGAUCCUGUCUGCAGAGGUUCAGAGGAACCUUGGCCAUUUCGAUCCGCGAUUGCAGAGGGCCCUGACGCAGAGUCUCAGCGUUCGGAUUGCCGAGCUGGCGCCUGUGGAGCUCGCCAAGGCGACCUGGGCCUUUGCCAAGCUCCACUCUGAGGAUGGAGAAGGACUCUUCGAGAUUCUGGCGGAGGCUGUUGCCAAGUCACUUCCCGAACUCCAACCACGAGGGCUGGCCAACAUCAUCUGGGCCUUCGCAAAGACUGAGGUACGGAACCCGAAGCUGCAACUCAAUCGGCUGGCAGAGUUUUCGAGAAUCGCUGUACCAGGAUUCGCUCCACAAGGUCUGGCCAACACGGUCUGGGCCUUUGCGAAGCUUCGGCUUCGUGCUGACCACGCUCUGUAUACAAGCAUGGCAGAGACCACAAUGCAAAGCUUGGGAGAGUUUUCGCCACAGAACAUAUCUAACUCGCUUUGGGCGUUUGCAAAGGCGCGAUACUACGAGCCAGAGUUGUUUCUGGUAUCAGGGGACCAUGUUUCGGAGAGGCUAUCGGAGUUCAGUAUCCAGGCGGCGGUGAACUCUGUCUGGGCGAUGGCCGAGACAGGUCAUCACGAUCAUCGGCUCUUGCACUGUUUUGCUGAGUAUGCCCUGGGCAGACUUGAGUCUUUCAAGUCCCAAGACUUGUCGAACACCGUGUGGUCGUAUGCUGAGUUGCAGCACUGUGAUCACAGGCUGCUGUCAGCCGUAACAGGAGCGGUGCAGGGUAAUGUGAAAAGUUUGACUGUCCAGCACCUGGUCUGCACCACCUGGGGAUAUGCGAUGAUGUUCGAGCACCGGCGGCACACGAGGCAGAGAAGCAAAGGCUCAGUGGAUCAAGAGCGUCGUUUUGUGCGAGCUCUGACUGACGUGCAGUGGCUUGUGACAUGUGGCGCAGACCGGCUCGUCAUCGUCUGGGAGGCUCAUACCUCCAGGGAGCUGGCCCGCGUUGAACUUCCUGGUGUUGUGCGAUGUGUAGAAUGGGCUGGAGCAGCUCCUGGUGUGAAUGCUUCGGACGUCAGUGAGCGCUUUGUGACUGCACACAAUCGCUUUGGUGCACAUCCCCCUGCAUUGACCGUUUGGCGCUUCGAUGGCAAAUCCAUCCAGGAGCUUCGUGUCAUCUCCAAGCUCCCUUCGGCGGCACUCCAGGUGAGAUGGGGCAGGGCCAACUACUUCAUUGCAAGCGCACACGACAGUGGCGAGCUGAUUUUUUGGCGAGCAGACACUGGUGCUGAAGUGAAGCGGCUGAAGGCUCACGAUGCCGGCAUUUCGAAGUUUGACUUCAAUGAUGACCGCGAGCUUGUGGCUACCGUCUCACACGACAUGAGUGUCUGUAUUUGGGACAUCGGAAAAGGGACCGAGUGGAGGAUGUUGUACAAGGCGCAGACGGACCGGCCGCUGAAUGCCGUGGCCCUGGGACCGCUGUCACAGAAGCAAGCCCUCGGCGCCGCGACCUCAAAGAUUUUCGCUACGCCUGGUGAGCUGGGUUUUCAAAGUCACGGAAGAGUCCGCAGUUGGUCUCCGAGGCUCCAGCUGAGCGUCCAGGGUGUAUUUGCGUGGUCGCCGCUGGUGGCCAGGAUCGCAUGA